GGUUGUCAAGCAGAUCGUAGUAGUUGGUUCAUAAAAUAUUUAAAAAUGAGUAUUUUAAUGUAUAUGCUUCGUACAAUGCGAAAUUCUCCAUUUUCACCUUUACAUUCAACAUGGAAAGAUUCUGUCAUGAAACUGUCAUCUGGAAAAGAUCCAGUUUCGAAAAACCCGAUUUCCCCAAGAGUGGAAGAAUUUAGAAAGAAAUUGCAACAGAAAACACCUAUUGGAAAGUUGGAUGAACAAAUGGGGAAACAUCCAUAUGAAGAAGAGCAGCCCCUACCUCCCUGGCCAAAUAACACUAAUCCACAUACAGGGGAAGUUGGAGGCCCCAGAGGACCUGAGCCUACACGGUAUGGAGAUUGGGAAAGAAAAGGAAGAGUAUCCGAUUUUUAAAAUCUUUUGGUUGCUUAUUGACUGAUUGUUAGUAAUUUGUUUUUCUUUUGUAAAGAUGUUAUAUAUUUUGAUUAUAAUUUUUAUAUAAAUGUAAGUAGUUAAUUAAUUAAACAUAAUCUCCACAGGAUU